AAAAAAACCACUGGGUGCAGGAAGAUUUAUAAAUAAACUGUAAAAUUUCCUGUUCCCUGUGAUUUAAGAGCUCUUUGCAGAGGAAAUUAUGACUUUUAGUCAACAACAGAAUAUGAGGAAAAUAAUAGUGAAAUUACUUAUUCUGUAUGGAAAUCUGAUUUUAUCUGAUGCAACUAUUACCCAUAUUUGCAGUGAAUGUGUGAAAUGUAACAACAAGGAUUCAUGUUGUAAAAGCUGCAUUCCCACAAAGGUCUGUGCUCCGAACAAUUAUGUUAACGAUGAAGACUCAGGGUCUACUGAUGAUUUCACAGACGAUUUUACAGACGAUCGCGAUGUACAUGUAGAAUGUCAAAAGUGCACUGCUUGUGAUUCGAAAUAUGUGUGCUUUGAGAGAUUCUUUUCACCUCAAACAAGUAGAUGCACAGAAAUGUCCAAAAAGGAUUUUAGUUCUAUUUUACCAGAUGACAAGCUAAUAGUGACACAGAUUUCGUCGACAGCAUCCCCUUCGUUAUUCACUGACGAGAAGAGUUCCAGAAAUACACCACCUUCUAGCGAAAGUAUGUUUUGCGCGUCAUAUAUUAUUUUACAUUUUUAUCGUCCUGAUAUAACAAUACGAGGGCUGUUGAGAAAUUAUUGAGACAAUUACUUCAAAUCCAAAAAAGAGACAAAUUCAGGGAAAAUUCGUCAACAUUCUAUAAAGAACAAAUGAAACAAUGAUACAUGUACAAAAUUUCUAAUUAAUACGAUAAUUAGAUAAUUUUCGGUGAAAUUAUAAACAUUUGUAUGUCGGAGCAUCGGUGCCUCAUUUUAAUGUCACGUCAUCCAGAGAUGUUUUGCAUGUGAAACGAUCGGGUUUACUCUGCUUUCUUCGUUAUCAAAUAUACCACUGAAACAUCAAACUGUCUCUUCUCUCAAAUGAUCCUUUACAAAUAAAAUGGGUGCUGUUGCUACACUAGUGUAAAGAACAAGGUACAGUUUCGUCUUCAUUGUUCCCUAAAAUAUCAAUAUUCUUAAAUAGUUACGAAAUAAUCUUUAAUAUGAGUUGAAUAGAUGAAUAUAAUAAAAAUAUAUCAUUAAAAAUUGGCAUAAUGGAAGAUCAUUCUG